CCUGAGUAGUGAUACCAUCGUAACGCACGAUGGCGUCGAAGAACCUGGAGGACUAUGAGAAGCUAGGACGCAUCGGCGAGGGCACGUACGGCGUGGUGUAUCGCGCGAGGGACAAACAAACCGGCGAAGUCGUUGCGCUGAAGAAGGUGCGCAUGGACAAGGAGCGAGACGGCAUGCCCGUGACCGCGCUGCGCGAGGUGCGGAUCCUCCAGUCCUCUCGCCACAAGAACAUCGUCAACCUGCUGAGGGUGGUGAAUGGCAAGAAGCCCAACGCGAUAUUCCUCGUGUUCGAGUACUGCGAGCACGACCUCGCCAGGCUUCUCGAGACGAUGCGAGUGCCGUUCACCGAGGCGGAGAGCAAGUGCCUGUGCCUGCAGCUGCUCCAGGCGGUGGAGUACCUCCACCGCCGGUGGGUGUUCCACAGGGACCUGAAGCUCAGUAACCUGCUGCUGAACAACAGGGGCGAGCUGAAGCUCUGCGACUUUGGCCUCGCGAGGUUUUACCAGCCGGGAAACGACGGGUCGUACACCCCCAAGGUUGUCACGCUGUGGUACCGGGCCCCCGAGCUGUUGUUCGGAUGCGCGCGGUACACCGCCGCUGUCGACAACUGGGCCGUCGGGUGCAUCCUCGCCGAGCUGCUGAAGCACGAGCCCUUGUUCCCGGGGAAACAGGAGCAGCAGACGCUGGACAUGAUGUACAAGCUUCUGGGGACGCCGAACGAGAAGAUCUGGCCGGGUUUCGACAAGCUACCCAAGUUUGGGUCGUACCGGAUGAGCCCCAACCAGCCGUACAACUACCUUCAGACCGAGUUCAACCGGCUCAGCACCGCGGGCGUGGACCUGCUGAACAGGCUGCUGACGUACGACCCGAGGCGGCGGUGCACCGCGGCGCAGGCGCUGGAGCACGGUUACUUCCAGGAGCAUCCACGGCCGAAGCGCGUGGAGGAGAUGCCGACGUUUCCGUCCCUUCACGACGUGUUGGCGCCGGUGAGCGGCGGCGGGGAUGUAUCCGGUCGAUUGGAUGUGUCCGGUCGAUUGACGGGACACGUCGACGGAGCCCCGGCGGCUGGCGGGGUCGGCGGGGGAUCGAGCACGUGGGAUCGACCGGACGCCCCGUUACCCCGGGGGGGGUUGAAGAGGAAGCGGCCGGGCGGUUUCGGCCAGCCGGAUCGGUACGGUAGCGUGUUUUAG